AUGCAAUUAAUAAUUUUUAAAACUAUUAGAAGGUCAGAUUUAAAUAUGAAAGUUAUUUAAGGAUUUUAACAUGAAUUAAUAACACCUUUAAAUUGUUCUAUUAAUAUGAUUUAGUUAAUGAAAGAACAUUUACAAAGUAAAGAUUUAACUUAAGAAAUAAAAUAAUUUCUGAAUCCAAUUUUAUAUUCAAAUAAUAUUUUAUUAAGUGUUAUUAAUGAUUUUAUUGAUUAUCAACUUAUCUAAAAUUCAAAAUUAAAUUUAAACAUAGAAUAAAUUGAUUUAAAUAAAAUUUUACAAUAAACUACACUUUUGAUUUCAAUCUAAGCCUAGUUAAAAAAAAUAUCCCUAAAAAUGAUUUUUAAUUGCCCUAAUUAUAAAUAAGAAAUAUAAUUUUUAGAAGAUGACUAAGGAAGAGUAUAAUAAAUAAUAUUAAAUUUACUUACAAAUGCUCUUAAAUAUACAGAAAAAGGAGAAAUAAUACUAACUAUAACAAAAAUCUAAGAAAACCCAAAAUUAAUAAAGAUAGAAUGUUAAGAUACUGGUAGAGGUAUAGAAGAAUAUAAAUUUAGUUCGAUUUUUAAUAUGGAUAACUAAUUAAAUAUUCAAAGCAGAUCUUUUAAUAAAUAAACAAAUUUUGGAAUGGGAUUAACAGUAAGCAAUCAAAUAGCAUGCGAAUUAUGUGUAUAUGAAUAGUAAAACUAAGCAAUAAAAGUAAUAUCUGAAGUUGGAAAAGGUUCCACAUUUUAUAUGACAUUAAUCGAUUUAUAAGAUAAAAAUUAUUAAAAUAAUAUUUAAGUAAUUAUUUUAUAAAAUAAAAAUAAUUUGUAAAUGAAGAGUACUUAAAACAGUAGCUAAAAUUGUAAUCAUUCAUAAAUUUUAAUUGUUGAUGAUAAUUUAUUUAAUAUUUUUGUUCUUAAAAAAACUCUUUAAUAAUAUGGUUUUAAUUCUAAUAGUGCUUCUGAUGGUUUAGAAGCCUUAAAAGCUGUAAAAAACAGAAUUGAAUGUAAAAAUUGUUGUCCGUAUUAUAAAAUGAUUAUUAUGGAUAUAUAAAUGCCUGUAAUGGAUGGAUACGAAUCAACUUAAAAAAUCAUUGGCUUAUUAAAAAAAAAUGAAAUACCUAUUUAGAGUUGCCCAAUUAUUGGAUUUUCUGCUUAUAGUACUGAAUAAGAUAAAUAAAGAGCUAUUGAAAAUGGGAUGAUUGAUUAUAUUACUAAACCUUUAAUACAAAAAGAUUUAAACAAAAUUUUAGAAAGAUGGAUAUGA